AUGGACGCUGCCACGGCCACGGCCACCGCCAACGCGGCGCGCGACGCGUACAAGGAGAACCUCGACAACAUUGUCAUGUGCCCCGACUGCAAGGAGUUCCCGCCCAACCUGGUCGAGGAGUUUUCGAGCGGCGACAUGGUGUGCGACUCGUGCGGCCUCGUCGUGGGCCCGCGCAUCAUCGACAGCCGGUCCGAGUGGCGCACGUUUGCCAACGACGACCAGGGCAACGACGACCCGUCGCGCGUGGGCGAGUCGGCCAACUCGCUGGCCAACGACGAGGGCCUGCGCACGCAGGUGGACAUGCGGGCGGCCAACGGCAAGCUGGCGGGCAAGCUCAACAGCAUCAACAAGAAGUCGCAGUCGGAGAAGCUCAACAACGACCUGCAAGAGGGCUUCCGCGCCAUCAGCGGGCUCGUCGACAUGAUGCAGACGAGCGGCAUCGUCGGCCAGACGGCCAUGCACAUCUACAAGCUGGCCUACGAGCACGGCCAGCUCAAGGGCAAGCCGCGCGAGGCCGUCAUCGCCGGCUGCAUCUUUAUCGCGUGCCGCCAGUGCGGCGUGCCGCGCACGUUUCGCGAGAUCUACGCCAUCACGCGCGUCACGAAAAAGGAGAUUGGGCGCGUCUUCAAGUCGCUCGAGAGCUUUCUGAGCAAGAUCCAGGAGAAAAACCCGCAGGCCAGCGCGGCGCAGGGCGUCAAGGACUACAAGGCGUCGUCGUCGACGACGGCCGAGGAGCUCUGCACGCGCUACUGCUCGCUGCUCGGGUUCCGCAACACGCCGCGCAUGGAGAAGAUCAGCAAGGCGCUGGCCCGCAAGACCACGGGCAUCCCCGACCUCGCCGGCCGCUCGCCGCUGUCCGUCGCCGCCGCCUGCAUCUACUUUGCCUCGCAGUACCUCGACGACCCGCGCGCGUCCAAGGACAUUGCCUCCAUUGCCGGCGUCAGCGACGGCACCAUCAAGACGGCCUACCGCUUUCUCUACAACACGCGCACCACGCUCGUCGAGCCCGACUGGCACGGCGACCUCGACAAGCUGUCGAGCAGCUAG